UUUUGUCACACAGACCUGGCAACCCUGCCUGGGAGACUUUUAACGCUCACGUGACGGAGAGACCUUGCGAGGGGUCACUGGGAAUUGUGAGGAACGGUUUGCCUGAUCUGAACCCGAGUGCUGAUCGGUGCGGCUGCAGCAGUAAGAUAGGCGCUCCACCGAACUGUCUUGGUGAAGAGGGAGCUGAGCCGAGAGGCAAAGCUCUCAAUUUACCGGGCGGUCUACGUUCCAAACCCUCACCUAUGGUCACGAACUCUGGGUUUUAACCGAAAGAAAGAGGUUGUUUAUACAAGCGGUCGAAAUGUUGCGAGUGAGCGGGAAGUCCGGGUCAGCCUGCUGGGCCUGCUGCCACCGUGACUCUGAUAAGCAGAUACAAAUGGAAUGGAUGGACUUUAAGUCUUGUGUAUAAUUUUAACCACACUAAAAGAAAAUUGUAUCAUUAUAUUAUUUAACCUUACAUCAGGUUUGCCAGAAUAGCAUGACAAUAAUAGAGACACAGAUGUGAUGUUCACUGAAAUGAGGUAAAUGGGCAUGACAGAAAUAUCAGUAAUACGUGUUGUAGAGCAUGACUGGUAAAGUAAAGGAGCGGCACGCAUUUAUUACUUUUUUGAGAUAAUAAAAUUGAUUAAUAUAACAGAAAGAAAAAGGAUGGCGUAGUAACGGACUAGUUCCAGAAGGGGGCAGCAAUGGAAUCGAGCAGAUGCGAUAGAACCCCAUUGAAGAAGUAGAAGAAGAAGCGGAAGAAGCGAAGUGAACGAUACAGAUGCUAUUCUCAGUUUUUUCGAUGUAUGCUAUUAUCCAUGAUAUGCUAUUUCAGUUGUAGUGCAGUCAUUUGAAAUUAACCAACAAUGUCUAGAGUUAAGAACAUGAGAAAGUUUGUCAACGAGCGACUGACUGCUGCUGCCGAAGAGAUAUUUGGAGUUUUUGAAAAAGCGAUUGUUGAGUACGAAGAAGAGAUCGACCGUCAGCGCAGACUGCUGGACAUCGUUUGGAAACCUGUAAUAAAGUUACACAGGACAGAGCAACAUGUCUCUCAGGAGGAGGAGAAGAAGAAGGGGGAGGAAGAUGAGCAAGAGGAGGUUCUGUGUGAGCGGCAGCAGCUCUGUAUUCAGCAGAGGAGCUUCAGUCUGGACCAAGAGGACCCAGAGCCUCCACAGGUUAAAGAGGAACAGGAGGAACUCUGCACCAGCCAGGAGGGAGAGCAGCUUGAGCUGAAGCAGGAGACUGAGACCUUCAUGUUGACUCCUACUCAUGAGGAAACGGACCACAGUGAACCAGAACCAACAGUUGACCACCAGCUCCUCUCUUACUUCUCUCAUGUAGCUGAGAUUCCAGAUCAGAUAGGAAGCGAGCAUGAACACUUGGAAUCAACCAGAAAUGCAGAGCCAGAACCAAAGAAUCAACAUCAGCAAAGCAGAAAUUGUUUUAACAACGUACAUGAACCUGAAACGUCAAUUCUCUAUAAUUCUCACAUGGGUAAAAAGGCUUUCCCAUGUGUCUUGUGUAACAAAACGUUUCAGUACAAGUCACGUUUGAUGAAACAUAUGAUUGUACACACAGGUGAAAUCCCUGAUUCACAUAGGUCUAUAAAAUGUGAACAUUGUGGAAAAGCUUUUAUCUACAAGUCAUGCUUACUCAUGCACAUGAGAACUCAUACAGGUGAGAAACCGUAUUCUUGCAACAUCUGCGGUAAACGAUUCACUCAGAAAUCUACACUGAAUUUCCAUUUACGAAUUCAUAAGGGUGAUAAACCAUAUCCUUGCCAAACAUGUGGGAAACGAUUCGCUCAGCUAUCAAUAUUGAAAUCUCAUAUGAGAAUCCACACGGUGAAAGAGCCAAUUCCUUGCCUCUUAUGUGGGAAAACGUUCAGACGUAAAUGUGACCUCUCAGUACACAUGAGCAGAUGCCACUGUGAAUGAAUUUGACUCAUCACUGCACUGAAGAAAAAAGAAAAAAAAACCUGAGGAUCAAUAUCCACAGGAGAAACCAUCGGGCUACAUCUCUGCCAGUGUAACACGUUUUAAAUAAUUUUAAGAUGACAAUAUCUUUCUAUCCCUUUAUUGAACUAUAUUACUGGAAUUUCUGUUUGCAAACAUCAUAAUUUACCAAAUGAAGGAGAAGUGUGUUUAUUGGCUUCUUGAACUUUGUUGCAAGAAUGUAUUAUAUGAGUUCAUUGUUAACUCUAAUAUUGAGCCUCAAUUUAUUUGUCGAUGUGUUUUUAGAAUUGGCUCAACUUCAUACAUGUUUUUUUUUUAGGAGACGAGAUGAUACACACAUUGUCGAUGAUGUGCUACAUGGGGUUCUACUGUUAUUUGAUCUUGUGUGUAUUAUAACAUUAAAGAUGAGUAUGUGAUGAUUUGAGAAUACCA